AUGUGGAAAGGCUUGCUGCAAAGUACCCGGGCGGCAUGGCGGGGUCCGUGUGUUCGGGCCCCGCGGCUGCCCUUCUUUCGACGCUACUCUUUGUGUGUGGAUCCCGAAAUCGCGGCGCUUUCGGGUCCGGAGCUGGAGGCCCGAAUCGCAGCCAUCCCCAUUGAACGGUACAGAAACUUCUCGAUUGUGGCCCAUGUGGAUCAUGGCAAGAGCACGCUAUCCGACCGACUGCUGGAGCUGACGGGCGUGAUUGCCGCAGGAGGGCAGAAACAGUUUCUGGACAAGCUGGACGUGGAACGAGAACGAGGAAUCACCGUCAAGGCCCAGACUUGCACCAUGCUGUACAAGCACAAAGGCGAGGACUACCUGCUGCAUCUGGUGGACACCCCCGGCCACGUGGACUUUCGAGCGGAGGUGUCGCGGUCGUACGCGUCCUGUGGAGGAGCCCUACUUCUGGUUGAUGCCAGUCAGGGUGUCCAGGCCCAGACCGUGGCCAACUUCUUUCUGGCCUUUUCUCUCAAUCUCACGCUUCUGCCCGUCAUCAACAAGAUUGAUCUGGAGGUGGCCGACAUCCCGCGAAGCAUGGAUCAGAUUGAAUCGACCUUUGAACUGCCUACAGACAAUGUUCUGCAAGUGAGUGCCAAAACCGGACUCAACGUGGACCAGAUUCUGCCCAACGUGAUAGAAAACAUUCCCGGACCCGACGGAAAGCUCGAGGACCCGCUGAGAGCGCUCAUUGUCGACUCGUGGUACGACAACUACCUGGGUGUUGUGCUGUUGACCUACGUUCGAGACGGAGUUGUUAGCAGAGGUACCAAGGUCAUAUCUCACCAUACUGGACGAAAGUACGACGUCAAGGAGGUCGGAAUCAUGUACCCCGGUUCUGUCAAGACCAAGGAACUCAAGGCUGGUCAGGUCGGAUACAUGGCCCUGGGUAUGAAGUCGUCCAGUGAAGCUCACACCGGAGAUACUCUCAUCAAGGUCAACUCCAACGCCGAGCCUCUACCUGGCUUCGCUGAGACCAAGCCAAUGGUGUUUGUGGGUGUCUUCCCCGGCGAAGGAAUGGACUUUGCGGAUCUGGAAGAGUCUCUACAGCAUCUCACUCUCAACGACCGAUCCGUGACCAUGACCAAGGCCACUUCCCAGGCUCUGGGCCAGGGUUGGCGAAUGGGUUUCCUGGGAACCCUACACGCCUCUGUGUUUGAAGACCGACUUUUGCAGGAGCAUGGAGCUCACGUGAUUAUUACUGCUCCUAGUGUGCCUUACAGAGUAGUCUACCACCCUAGAGGUAAGGAGACAGAGCCCACUAUUGUGGAGAUUGACAAUCCUGCCAACUUCCCCGAUUUGCAGCUUGAAAAGGCCCGGAUUCAGUCUCUCGAAGAACCCAUGGUCGCCUGCACCAUGACUCUUCCUCAGGAGUACAUUGGUUCGGUCAUGUCUCUAUGUGAGGCAAACCGGGGUGAACAGGUGGACAUGAACUACCUCAACCAGACCCAGGUGCUGCUCAAGUAUCGAAUUCCGCUCAACCAGCUGGUCGAAGACUUCUUUGGCAAGCUCAAGGCUGCCUCUCAAGGCUUUGCGUCGCUGGACUACGAAGAAGACGGAUACAUGGCGUCCAAGCUCGUGCGUCUGGACAUGUGUGUCAACGGCGAGGUGGUCGACGCUCUGUCGCAAGUCAUGCACGUUUCCCAGGCCGAAACUCGGGCUCGAGACUGGGUCGAAAAGUUCAAAACAUUCUUGAGAUGGCACCAGUUUGAUGUCAUCAUCCAGGCCAAAAUCGGUAACAAGAUCCUGGCUCGAGAGACCAUCAAGGCCCGAAAGAAGGACGUGCUGGCCAAACUGCAUGCCGCCGAUCUGUCGCGAAAGGCCAAGCUGCUCAAGAACCAAAAGGCUGGAAAGAACCGUCUUCAGACCGCCGGCAGAGUCAACAUCCCCAAGGAGGCCUUCUCUGGCUUCCUCAGUAAAACUUAG